AGCUGUUAUAAAUCGAUGUUACAAAAGCGUCCAUUGUAUUAGUUUGAAGGUGAACUUUAAGUUUAAUUUCAAACAUCCGGAAUGAUCACCCUCUUGCUCGUAGUGUUGUUUCUGGGUGUAGGUGUUGCUGAUAAAACAGAAUUAGCAAAUCAACGUCUGACAUCAACAAAGUAUGGGAAUCCUGAAGAGAUUUUACAAUCAACCAGUGACAACCGCCCGGAUGCAUUAAAGUUCAGACAUCACUCUUCAUACUCCAACAAGGAUCUCUCUUUCACGAAAUACAACUUCUUCCAUCCCCGUGCUAAAGAGGAAAAAUGGGAUCACCGGAGUCAGAAGCCUGGCAGCUUCCAAGGCCCAAUUGUAGGAAUGUUAAAGAAGUUGCUACUGACCGGGAAAUUUGAUGCUGUGGCCAGUUUUGUAAGACUGGAACUUUUACCGAAAAGACAAACAGGAGGGUUCCAUCAGCGGCCGGGCAUGUCACCACUCAAACAACUGUCAUAUUACUAUAACUCAGAGCCAUUACCCGCCAACUUUCAACCACAAAAAGCAUUUCCUUUCAAAGGAACAGUUAAUAUGCCUAAGGUUACAUUUACCAAACCGUUGCUUCAAUUUGCUGCAGCCAAGCCUCUGCCCCAAAUUCAGGUUGCCCAGCCGUUGCCCCAAAUCGCUGUUGGUCAGCCUGUGCUUCACAUUGGGGUUGCCCAGCCGUUACCACCAGUUGUAGCUCAACCUAUGUCGUCAAUGGUAUUACAAAAUGGAGCUGAAAACAGUUAUGCGGUUCCAGAACAAAUUUCCGGACUUGGAAUUCCACAUUUACAUCCAGAGUUGCUGCUACCACAGUUUCCUGACCAACCAUCCAUUCUGAUGAAUUCGGGAUCAGAAGUAAGCAACGGUUUGAAUGGACAACAAGUCCAGGUUCCAUUCGAAACUAUGUAUCAUCAAUACCAAACUAUGAAGGAGGAGAGUAACGACAAAUCUUAUAAGGAACUGUCCAAACUUUACGACAUCAUGCAUGCUUUGAAAGAAGUUCAUUCAGAACCUUUUGCUAAGGAUUCGAAAACCAGCGGGACGAACCCACCCACCCUACCGAAGACUCCAUACCCUGCACCUACUCUGCCAUUAAGUAAACCGUUGUCAUAGAAAUGAUAUAAUAAGAACAUGUCAACAAUCUUCUAAAAUAAAGUUACUUCCUCUU